AUGCAGAACGCUCGUGGCCAGGGAACCUCCCACGCUACCGGUGGCUCCAAGGUUCCAGAGGGAAUCCAGAAUAAAGCGCCUCAGGGUCUCGAGGAAUCCUUGCCCAACAAGAUACAUGAUACCGGCUCCGGAACUGUUCGCCAAACCCACGCCAUUAACGAUGGUCAAGACUCGAUUGUCCCAAAGGGCAUCCAGAAGGCUGUCCCCGAGGGGAUCGAGCGUGCUUUGCCUAACAAGAUCCACAAUACUGGUGAUGAAUAG